AUGGCACAUCCCUCACAACUAGGAUUUCAAGACGCAACCUCGCCCGUAAUAGAAGAAUUACUCUAUUUCCACGAUCACGCCCUAAUAAUUGUUAUCAUGAUUAGUACAUUCGUACUUUACAUUAUUGUAGCUAUAGUAUCAACUAAAAUCACUAAUAAGUACAUUUUAGAUUCCCAAGAAAUUGAAAUUGUCUGAACCAUUCUUCCAGGGUUCAUUUUAAUUUUUAUUGCCCUCCCUUCUCUACGAAUUCUCUAUCUUAUGGAUGAGAUUAAUAACCCACAUCUUACAAUUAAAGCCCUAGGACACCAAUGAUACUGAAGUUAUGAAUAUACAGACUUUGAGGAACUUAGCUUCGAUUCAUAUAUGAUUCCCACACAAGAUCUUACCCCGGGCCAAUCUCGCCUUUUAGAAGUAGACCACCGAAUAGUUGUCCCAACUGAAUCUCCCAUUCGUAUAUUAGUUUCUGCCGAAGACGUACUCCACUCCUGAACAGUCCCAACCCUUGGGGUAAAAAUAGACGCGGUCCCAGGACGUUUAAACCAAACAGCCUUUAUUGCAUCUCGACCUGGAGUCUUCUACGGACAAUGUUCAGAAAUCUGCGGCGUAAACCAUAGCUUCAUGCCUGUCGUAGUUGAAGCCGUUCCUUUAAAACACUUUGAAAACUGAUCAUCCCUAAUAAUAGAGGACGCCU